AUGGCCCCAUCUCUGAAGAACGAUAUUGAGCCUUCGAGCUUCGUGAGUUCCGGCAAACCAAAUCUGGACAUUAGCUUUCAAGAUUUUCUUGAACUAUCCAAGGUCGUUUUUGACUGGGCCGACAGCUACGAUUCGAAGGAUUGGGAUCGUCUUAGGGGCAUCAUUGCUACAACAUUGACGGUUGAUUACACCGAAGUUGGGCUGUCACGGUGGGACUCAAUGACUGCUGAGGAAUACAUGGCCAUGGUCACUGAUCCUGGCUUUCUUGGUGACCCUACCGUCAAAACCCAACAUCUACUUGGUGGGACAUGGUGGGAAAAAGUCUCCGAUACUGAAGUAAUCGGCCAUCAUCAAUUGCGAGCUGCACAUCAGGUUUACACAGACGCGAAUCUGAAGACCGUCAAAGUCAAAGGUCAUGGACAUGCUACGAAUGAGCAUUACUAUCGUAAAGUGAACGGGGUCUGGAAGUUUGCUGGUCUGAAGCCGACAGUCCGCUGGAAUGAGUACCAAUUCGAGGACGUCUUCAAGGCUUGUCACAACUGA